AUGAAUAAUCCUCUCAUUGGUGGACCACAAACGUCCGGAAUCGGUGUGCCUACAAGUCCAUAUGCUUUAGAUAGAGCUAGACGUCAACAAUCUCAAUUACAACCUUCACCUGCGCUUCCACCUCAACCAUCAAAUGGUAGUGGUGCUAUACCGUCUCCAAUUAUGACUCCACAAAGAUCUACAUCACCUGAAUCAUCACCUAGUCUUGUUAGCCAUUGGAAACAACCAAUGACUGAAUCAACAACACCGAAUGAUUGGUCAUCAUCAUUGAAGGGUACUCAAGAUCAUAUUGAACGUUCUAGUGAUACCGGUAACAGCGGUAACAAUGAAAACAUAACUAUCAACAAUGUUAUUAACUCUAAUACAGGACAUAGUAAUGGUACUCAAAUGGCAUGGGCUGAUCAGACACAAAAUGAAACACCUAAUUGGGGAAGUAAACCAGAUUUGAAUGAUUCUUCUCAACCUCUGGAAAAUGGAGAUAUUCCAAACAUUUUUGUUGGUAAUUUGGCUCUGCCUGUAACUGAAGAAGAAUUAAAGGAAUAUUUCGAGGCAGUUGAUUGUCAGGUUGAAAAGGUCCGAUUGAUGCAUGAUCGUGUUUCACAAGUUCAACUUAGUCAUGCAUAUGUGGAUUUCCAGGACGAAGCUUCGAUUGAAAAAGCAGUAUCAUUAAACGGAAAGCCAUAUGGUCUAACUAAUAAUCCGUUAAAAAUUAAUCGAUAUCAAUAUCAUGAACGAUCAUUUCGAGGUCGGGGUCGAAAUCGCGGACGCGGACGUUAUAUGAACCACCGAGGACGUGGUGGACAUGGAAAUAAUUCACAUAAUAAUGGAAAUCAAAUUCAGAAUGGAA